UAAUGAAUUAAAUCAAAAAACUAUUAGUCGAAAAUUUGAAUUACAUUUUCAAUAUUCUAAAACCUUAUAAACAUUAGAAGAUUUCCUAGUUUGUUGAAAUUUAGUUACAAGACUUCAUUCAACUAUUUAGUAGAUUACAAUUAAUUUAGACUAAACUUCAAUAAUUAUUCAAAAUGUGUGAUUCAUUGUAAAAGUCUGGAAUUGCUUUAGCUUAAACAUAAAAAUAGAUUUUAAAAGAAAAAAGCGAAAUCUAAUUAUAAAUGCAAGAAAUUGAGAAAUUACUUUAUGAUGAUACCCAAACUUCUUUGUAAGAAACUUAAAAAUAAGUUCAUGAUAUAAGUGAGUUAUGUGGAGAGGCUUAUAAGAACUUACUUGAUAAUUAAUCAUUUGAUCUUACAAAGAUAUCCCAUAUAUAACCCCCAUAAAUGGAUGAUAUUGGUGAAUGGGACUCAAAGUUAGAAAGUUCAAGAGAUAAAACAAGUGAAUUUGAUCAUAUUAGAAAGGCUUUUUAAGUAUUAGACAAAGCUAAAUUGUUUGAGCCUUCAAAUUUAUAAAUGUUAAUGAAAUGUGCUGAAAAUACAGACAAAUAGAUAUAUAUGGACUUUUUUCUUUAAAUAAUUAAUAUUUAAAGGAAAUAAUAAGAAUCUAAUUCAAAAAUAGUUGAUGAAAGAUCACCUGAAUUAAGAGAAUAAAUCUUAUAGAUGCCUAUAUGUUAGGAAUUUUCAUUUGAGUCUCCAUUGCCAUCACUUAGAGAAUAAGAACAACCUUAAUAAUAAUUUAAACAUGUAAAAUUAGAAGAUCUAUUAAAAAUUGAAGAAAGACUGAUAUCAGAUACAAGUCCUAACAAAUAAAAUUUUGUUAAAAAAUAACCUGCUAAUAAAAGCAAUAUUGAUAAUUCAUUUUAUUCUUAACAUAAUAUUAAACACUUGAUUAGAAGAUAUCCUAAUAAUAAUAUAUUAAGAGAGAAGAGUCCUUCUGAACAUAUAUCAAGAAGUAGUUCAAGUUUAUUAGUUGAGUAAAGUUAAUCAACAAGAUAGUAAAAAGAAGUUUUUAAAAGAAAAAUUAGUCAACCUACAUCAAUAACUGAAAGAAAUGGCAAUAUAUGA